AUGUCGGGCCCGCGACCCGCCGCCGCGCCGAACCCUAGCUCCCCGGCGCCCUCCCAGCCCGCUCCCGCUCCCGCGCCGCCGGCGUCGGCGUCGGCGCCCGCCAGGAUGGCGGCCAGGGUGCGCGAGGAGGGCGAGGUCUCCUCCGGCCCCUCCGACGACGAGGCUCUGCAAUCUAAGCUGACAGCUCUGUCCAAUGCUGCGAAGCUGGCGCAUGCUGCUGCUCAAGGGGCAUCGGCAGCUUUCCCUGUGAAAGGCAGUAGCAGUUUGAGUCUCUCAAGUACUCUUCCUCAGAAAUCAGUUGCUCCAGGCUAUAAGAAGACCUUGAGGGGAAACCAAGGGCAAUUCAAACUUGGGACCAACCGCAAUCUUGCCUGGAUGAAGCCUGUCUCAACUGAUAACCUUGUGAUCAGUUUCUCUGAUGAGGAUAGUGAGACCGACUCUGGAAUGUCAAAGCAAUAUAGAAGUAAAAGCACGAAAGCCAGCUCACAGGUUGCACUUAAAACAGGGAUUACUAUGCAGACUAGAAUCAUGAGAGAGGAAGCACCCCUACAGAAGACCCAUGCUGCAAAUGUGGGAUCUGCAAAAUGGUCUGCUAAUCCUCACACACUCAGAAAUACAGGGGCAGGCAGGGGCUCAAGUGCUACCUUCUCUAGAAGAGAGCCGCCGAUUCGUCAAGCUACUCCUCUGAAGUCUACCCAGAAGGAUGGGAAUGGUGCAGGAGUAAACUCAGCAGAUGAUAAGCUGGAAAGUUUGCGUCAUAAAAUCGCUGCUAGAGAAAAUGAGUUAAAAGUUCAGAAAAGGCCCAUGUCACCUGGUUUAGUGAAGGAUGCUAACUUCUCCAGUGAUCAGAUAAGGCCGCCCUUGGAGAAGAUCGGCUUUGAAGCUUCCAACAGUGGUGGAUGUGUUCACCCUGAUGGCCUCUUUGGGCAUGAUGAUAGACCAGCUAAAAGGCUUAAGCCCAAUCAGCAGGGCAUUAACAACCAAGCAAGCGGUGAUUUGGUAACACUGGUACCAACUGGAAGUUCAUUGGGAAAUGACAAUUUAAUAUCUGCCGGAAGGACGGAUCACAUUGAAAAUGAAAUUACCAUGAACUGUACUGUUAAUGAAACAGAACAGGCAGCCACAACAGAACUGUCAGAUCAAACGUAUCCUAGUGGUAUUGCUAAGAACCUUCUGCCAUCCAAAAGCCACGACAUGGUUAUACAGGAUGGGGGCAACCAUGCCACAGCUGAAUAUCUUGGCAAGCCUUCAGCGCCACCAUUUACUAGCGACCAAUCUAUGGCUGAAGAUACUAGUGCUUUGGUUCCUGUUACUUCUGUACGAACAGGGGUUGAUAUAGAAAGGUCAUCUAAUCAUGGCAAUGAUCAUAUGAUUUCAACGUCGGAUGGGCAACAUGUAAAGCCUGUUGACACUACCGUGUCAAAUGAGAGGCCACACUUGCAGCCUGGAAUGAAGAAUGCCGAUCUCUUGAACCAUGUUGGCCAGAUAAGUAAAGGAGGUCAGAACACAACAUUGGUCUCUCUGUUCGAGAUGGAGGAACUCCAAGAGAGGGAAUUGGAUGAUGCUCAGGAGCUAAGGCGGAAAUGCGAAGUUGAAGAAAGAGAGGCUCUCAGAGCGUAUCGUAAAGCACAAAGAAAUUUAAUUGAGGCCAAUGAAAGAUGCGCCAUUCUUCGUAGAAAAAGAGAGAUUUGCUCUGCACAAGUCCAUGGUUUAAUUGCUGAAAAUUCUUCUAUGGUGCAGUGCUUAAAUAUUCAGAAUGCUGGACAUGGCCUUGUAAUGCCAUCAGUACUCAAUUCUCAGUUUCAUGCAGAUGGUCAAAUGCCUGAGAUUCAGGGUGGUAGGUCUAGCAGUCCAUACCUGGAUGAACUUCCUCAACAGCCAGUAGAUAAGCAUGAGGCUCGUUCGCGCUAUGGUGAUGAGCUUGCUGUCAGCAUCGCUGAUCCAAAAUUUGUGAGUACUGUCCAUGCUAACAGCACACCUUCAGAGUACAGGGAGGAUGACCUUCUGUUCCGUCCUAAGCGGGCUAGAUCAGAGUGCACUUCAAAUCCGGAGAAUCACAUGGAGGAAACUAUACAAGUAUAUUUGGAGAACAGACAGCCUUCUGGUGAUAGCACACAGGACUAUGAGCUUUUAGAGGCUUCUUUGAGAUCCAGAUUGGUGAAAAGAUUUGGGAUGAAAUCGUGUCUCAAUAACUCUGUAGAAGUCACUGAAGAACUUGCUGUUGGAAAAGCAGCGGAGAUUGAACAAGACAAGCAAUCUGCACAUGUUGAACUUCAGUUACAGGAAGCAGAUGAUAUUGUUAUGGCAAAUGCUGAAGGUACAGUGGAGCUUGCAAAUGAUGAUGCUAAUUGUAUUGAAAAGAUGGCUGGGCUAUCUAAUUCUAGUAAUGCUCCUUCCAUGGGAAACUGUGAGCCUGAAGACAACGUUUCCUCUCUUAGAGAGUUAUGCGUGCCAUCAAGUGUGGAUUAUCUCACUUGUCCUUCUUCAGCUCCACAAAAUGCUGCUAGACACAUCAAGUGGGCAUUUCACACCUUUCGUAAGGAGGCUUCAUAUUUUAUAAAUGAUUCUGCAACCAGUGAUGUAGCAUCUGAAGCAGCAGUAAGUGUGCCAUAUAUGAUACAAGACCGUGCUGGGGAGAAUGGGAAGAUGGUCUCAACAGCUCCAAACGAUAAGGAUUUGACACGCAGUGGGAUUGAUCCCUUCUGGCCCUUCUGCAUGUUCGAGCUUCGAGGAAAAUGCAAUGACGAAGAGUGCCAAUGGCAGCAUGUUGAGAACCAUGCUUGGAGAAAGCCAAAGCACACAAACCAUGCGGUUCCCUGUGUUUCAGGCCGGAGUCCUUAUGAUCUGCUUCAGCAUAUUCUGCCUGUACCAACAUAUCGUGUUGGUUCCAAUCUUAUUCGAGCUGAUCUGAACUUGAUGCAGUCGGUCUUGGCCAGCAGUAUUUGGCAGUAUUGGCAAAGGGGGUUUUGCGCUUCCUUUCCUUUACCUCUAUCAGUUCAGAGAGUACUUCCGUCAGAUGCACCAUUCUUACAAGCUGGUGAUGGUUCGGUUGCAGAUUUUGAAAGGAACAGACAGCUAUCAAAUCUUCGGAUGCUGGAUAGUAGGAAGAAUAAGAUUGUACAGGGAUCUGUCGAUGUCGAACUAUUCUUAGAGGCUGCACUUGGUUUAUAUUGUGGAAAAGUAAACAAACCUGACAGGCUAAAGGCUCUUUUACUUCUUGCACGCUCCAUUGAGGCAGAUCCAAGCACAGUUAUCCUCUGGGUGUUUUAUCUUCAUAUUUACUAUCAAAAGGAUGAAGGACUUGGGAAAGAUGACAUGUUUUCCCAUGCGGUGCAACACAAUGUUAACUCCUAUGAAUUAUGGCUUAUGUAUAUUAAUAGUAGGUUACGCUUUGAUGACCGGUUGGAUGCUUAUAAUGAUGCUUUGAGCAUGCUCUGCCAGAUGACAGCUGAUACUGAUAAUGAAUUGAAAGAUAGAAGUGCUUUCAUCCUAGAUAUCUUCUUACAGAUGAUUUACUUCCUGUGCAUGUCUGGAAAUGUAGAGAAGGCUAUUUAUAGGAUUUAUGGGAUUCUACCUACUGCAAGUCCUGACUGCCCUGGUGACAGGUUGCUGGCGGAUGCCAUUUCUUGCUUGACCGUGUCUGAUCGAUGCAUAUUUUGGAUUUCAUGCCUAUAUGUCUCAAUUUAUAGGAAGCUUCCAGAGGAAAUUUGUGAUCAGUUAGAAUUUCCAAAAGAUCUACCUCAUGCGUUACUAUGGCAUCCUGUUGAACUUACGGUAGAUAACAAAUGUAAGGUUGCUGAACUAUUGAAAUGCGCUGUUGAUAAGAUGGCUGUAGAUAUUAAUGAGACUGUUAAAAAUGGGGAUCCAUCUUACCUGACACUGGCACAAUUCCUUGCUGUUAGCCACAUUAGUUGUCUUGCUGCUAUCGAAGGCCUCCAAUCUUCUGUUGAUAUGCUGGUGAAGUAUAUGAAGGAGUACCCAAGGUGCCCUAAUAUUCUUCUUAUCUCAGCUCGGCUAUAUCGAAAGUUUGGCAUGUGUCCUGGUCUGAAAGGGUUUGAUGAGUUGCUCAUGGAUUGGCCUAAAGAUGUGCAAGGAGUUCAGUUUCUGUGGAAUCAAUAUGCUGAGCAUGCUUUGGCAGACAAUAUUGAGUUGGCUGAAAAGGUCCUGACUCGCUGGUUUGAAGAAUAUGGAAAAGAAGGUGAUAUCUGUCGUAGAGCUGAUGUUGGUACAAUGGAAGUCAGUAAUGAAGUGUCUGAAGAACAAUCACUUGCCUCUACCCUAGAAGUUAGUUCCAGUCCAUCUGCAUCAGAAGAUCAGGUCUAUUGGUUGUUGAACCUCUCACUUUACAGGAUGCUAGAGAGCAAUCUACAGGAAGCACAGGUUGCUGUGGACAAAGCAUUGAAGUUGGCCCAAGGGGAGAGCUAUGAGCAUUGUUUAAGGGAACAUGCCGCAGUUCACACUCUAGAGAGACCAUCAUCUUGUACAGACACUCAAGCUCGAGCUACGCUAAGCCUGAUCAGUGGUUAUAUUGCAGACCGUCGGAACUUACCCACGAGGGAACUGCUGUCGCGAAGGUUUAUCCAGAAUGUUAAGAAGCAUAAGCUUAGGCUGUUGAUAGAUGACACUAUAGGUCCAGCUUCUGCAGAUUCUUCUCUGAUAAACUCUGUCCUUGAGGUGUGUUAUGGCCCGUGUCUUCUUCCAGAACAAAUAGAAGUAAAGUACUUGGUCGAUUUUGUUGAAUCGGUGAUGGAGAUCCUUCCUGCAAACUACCGCCUAGCCCUGGCAGUUGGUACAUUUGUGGUUAAGCAUUACAGCGGUGCUGACCCUACCUCCAUGGGCACCAGGUUCUGGGCAAGUUCUGUUCUGAUCAAUGCCAUCUUCCGUGCUGUACCUGUUGCGCCAGAAUCAGUAUGGAUAGAGGGUGCCAGUCUCCUGGAGAAACUACAGGCCUCAGAGAUUGUGAAGCGGUUCCACCAGCAGGCAACAUCAGUGUACCCCUUCUCCUUCAAGCUAUGGCAUGCUUACUUGACAGCCUGCAAGGUCAGUGGAAGCAACACAGAGAGCAUUGCCGAAGCUGCAAGGCAACGAGGUAUAGAGCUGAAUGUGGUGCCACCCUAGUUUUGCCGCAUGGAUCUGAAGCUCAGGGAUUUGUCAGUUGGAGCUGUAGUUAGUGUUGUCAGGUGGAAAUGGCGUAGAUACAUGGAACCGCUGGAGGCUGUAGUUAGAAUGUUGUGUGUACUGCAAGUGACAUAGUUACCUGGAGUCAGUGGUGGCGGUGAUGAUGACGACGGCAUGGUUUUCUGGUUUAGGCACAGUUUUAGGAUCAGAUAGUCGUGGAUAGCAUACAGCAUCUGUUGUUACUGAUGGGCAGCUGACGACGAUGGAUACCAGACAUAUAUGGUGAAUGAAUGGGUCGCAUACCCUACACAGAGGGACGCUUCUUUUUGGCCGACUUGAUAACAGCAGUGGAGCCGGAUCUAUUUACCUGUUCCAGUUUUAAUCUUUGUGUUCACUGUUGUAGUAGUGUAGUGUAUGACAUGCAAAACUGUUGUUUUAAAUCACCAUCUUCGGUGAAUAUGAAUGAAAUAUAUAUUAUUGUUCCA